AUGAUUCUACCUUCUGUCUCUGCGCUCCUCCUCCUCGCCCUCCCUUCUACCGUCCGAGCGGUCUUCCAAGAUGAAGUCGACCACAUUGACUAUCACUACGAGCUCCUCGGCGUGCCCCAGCGCGAAACCACCUUCUUCCACAGGCCACGACCAGAUGACAAGGCCAGUCUACUGUACACUCUCAGUGAUGUCGGCGUCCUCGGCGCUGUCAACCCUAGUAGUGGCGCUGUAGUAUGGAGGCAAUUCAUUUCCGGCAACAUCUCGAUUGGCGGCGGCCACCUAAGAGCUGGCCAAGGCGAGACGUGGCUGGCAAGUGCGUAUGGGCAGUCAGCUCACGCCUGGGAUGCUGUCAGCGGGAGGAACAAGUGGUGGACGGAUUUCGAUGGCCAGGUUCGGGAUCUUGAGAUUAUGGAAUUAACAGAAAAUGCGCGGAAGGACGUGCUGGUGCUGACAGAAGAGGGCGGCACAACCGUGCUCAGGCGUUUGCAUGGUGGUGAGGGCACUGUGGUUUGGGAAUUCAAAGAGACCAACAAAGACGUGCCUUUGCAGGUCAGCACCAAUGUCGAAAAGGUCUUCGUUGUGAGUCUCCAUGGCUCUCUUACGUCGUACAGCUUGAAGGUUACUAUUUUGGAUACGUUGACGGGCAAGCGGCUUGACGAGCUUCUGCUCGGCACGAAGGGCGAUGUGCAUAGCGAGAAGGAUGUCAUGUUCGUCGGCUCCAAUUCUGCUGCCCCGAUCGUCGCAUGGACGGACAACUCGCUAUCUAAACUCAAGAUCAACGUCUUGGGCACGAAGAAGACACAGGAAUUCCCCCUUCUGGCGGAGACCAAGAGUGUUGAUAUCCAUGCUCCGCAUUUGGUUCAGUCGCAACCUCAUUUCCUUGUGCAAAGCAGGACAGCAACAGGCAACAAGGCGGAGGUUUUCCAUGUCGACCCGAAGACUAACGCCAUCACGAAAGCAUAUGACCUGCCACACUUGCCAGGACCAGGAGCCUUCUCAACUAGCUCCGAGGGUGCCAAUGUUUACUUUACAAGAAUCACAGCUGAUGAGCUAAGCGUCACAUCUUCCGCUUCCCAUGGUGUCCUAGGUCGUUGGCCCAUCUCUGCUGGCGAGUACAACGCUGAGGCUAUUCACGCCGUAUCCGAAGUGAUCAAGAAGGCGGGUGAUAGCUACGCGGUCCGAUCAGCCGCUGUUACGGAUGCUGACGACUGGAUCCUGGUCCGGAACGGAGAGCUUGCAUGGUCUCGGCCAGAAGGUUUGAGCGCCGCCGUAGCUGCGUCAUGGGCAGAAAUUCCGGAAUCUGAAGAGCUGGCCAAGACUCUUGACGCCGAGGCUCACAGCAACCCACUAUCUGCCUACAUUCAUCGUGUCAAUCGACACAUCGAUGACCUCCAGUAUCUCCCUAACUACUUGGUAUCCAUUCCUCAGAGACUGCUUGGCAGCAUCCUUGGCACGGACAUUUCUUCGAAGAAGGCAGGCCUAACCCGUGAUAGCUUUGGGUUUAGUAAGCUCGUGGUGCUAGCUACCCGGCGCGGUAGACUCUAUGGUCUCGAUGCCAACGAUCAUGGCAAAAUCCUGUGGUCGAGAAAAGCAAUUGACGUAGCUCCUGGUGAGCCUUGGAUUGUCAAGGGCAUUUAUGUCAAUGAUAUCAAGGGUACUGCAACUGUAAGAGGUGCUAAUGGUGAUUACAUCGUUGUCGAGACAGCCACUGGCAAGGCAAUCGAGACCAUGCCGCCUGGCUCAGCGCCCCCAGUUCUCAGCACCGUCGUUGUGGAUACCCCUUCAGGCAAAUGGCCUUUGACAAUUGGACUCGACGGGAAGAUUGGUGAUCUGCCAGCAGCUCUGGCACCAGAGCAGACAAUCAUUGUUCAGAGCGUUGAGGGCCAGCUUCGCGGCGUCAAGUACAUUCACAAAGGCGAACAAGCUGUCGAAGAGACAACAUGGAUAUUCUCCGUUCCAAGCUCUCAGCGUAUCGUCAAUGUCGCUACACGACCUUCUCAUGAUCCAGUCGCCUCCAUUGGCCGGGUUCUUGGGGAUCGUGGGGUAAAGUACAAGUACUUGAACCCCAACACCAUUGUAGUUGCCGCCACAGAUAUCACUACUGCCAGUCUCACUAUUUAUCUGCUUGACACCAUAUCAGGCCAGAUUCUAACGGCUGCGACGCACGAUGGAGUGGACACUGGCAAACCUAUCGAGUGCGCUAUUACUGAGAACUGGUUCUUGUGUUCGUUUUAUGGCCAGUACAAGCUCAAGGACAACUUGGCUCAAUCCAUCAAGGGUUACCAACUUGUUGUUUCGGACUUGUACGAGUCUGACCUAUCUAAUGACAGGGGCCCGCUUGGAGAUGCCGCGAACUUCUCCUCGAUCGACCCGGUUGAUCGUCCCACGGGACCUGUCUUGCCCUCGGUCGUUUCUCAAACAUUUGUCCUUGCGGCUCCGAUCUCUGCGCUCACUGUUACUCAAACAAGGCAAGGUAUCACCACGCGUCAACUUCUUGCCUAUCUACCUGAUACUCAUGGAAUUAUCGGGCUGCCUCGCCAUGUAUUGGAGCCUCGUCGCGUUGUUGGCCGGGAUCCAACCCCUGCUGAAGUCGAGGAGGGCCUGAUGAAGUAUACACCCGGCAUCGAGGUUGAUCCCAAAUCGGUCAUCACCCACGAACGAGACGUGAUUGGCGUUCAGAAGAUCAUCACAGCGCCGACUAUCGUGGAGAGCACGAGUCUUGUUUUUGCCUUUGGUGUGGAUGUCUUCGGCACCAGAGUAUCCCCCAGCUUGACGUUUGAUAUUUUAGGCAAGGGUUUUAACAAGGUGUCGUUGAUCGGCACAGUUCUGGCUCUUACGGCCGGUGUUGCGUUUUUGAGCCCUUUGGUGAGAAAAAAGCAGAUCAAUACUAGAUGGCAAGCACCAAUGUAG